GGGAGGAGGAGAGGUGAGGGUGGGAUCUCUCGCUGCUGCUGCUGCGCUGGGAAACCCGAGCCUUCCAGUGAGCGGGCACCUGCUCUCGGGAAAAUCCCCUCCCCAGAUCCUCGCCCCGCCUCUCUGCCUCCAUUGCCUGGGAGAGCAGCUGCAGCUCCCUCGCGCCUUCCUUGGGAAGCGAUGCCUGAAGAACCCGCAAGCAGCAGCGCUGGGGUGCUGUGUGUGUGGUGGAAGCGGGGGGACGUGCCACUUGACCGGAUGAUGGAGCCGCAGCCAGCGGACUGCUUGCAGGCAGAUCUUUAGAAUACCUUGCCGAGAGCGCUGCCAGCGGUGGAUGGGGGAUAAAGACAUAAGCAGGCUAACUAUAGCAUCUCCCUGUAGCCAGAAGGGAUGUAACCUGCUCUCUCAGCCAGGCAGCCUGCGUAAUUCCCAGAGAGCUUGCCCUACCCGGGAGAGAGCGCAGGAAGCAUCGCUACAGGUGAUUCGGAUCCUCUCCACCCGCUUUUUGCUCCAGUUUCCCUGCCAGUGCCGAGCGGCUCUUCGUAAGCCUUCUUGCAAACCGGACUGGGCGAGGUGGGUGGGGGACAUCUGAUCGGAACUUGGCUCUCCCUUGGCUGAGUGGAGGAGAUGGGCUUGCCUCGGCUUCUCCUCCUCCUCCUCUUCUGCGCUCAUCUGUGGUUUGUGGUCGAUGCCAACCAAGGGCGGACGGUGGCUGGCAAAGAGAAAGCUGUUAAAGGGAAACAGGCGAUUUACAAUCAUGUCAAGAGUGCGGCUCUUCCUUUCUCUCCCUGGAACAGAUCCACGGAGGAGAGCACCAUCCUGGCACACCGGCUUGUCCAGGAGGUGCCCCCCAAUGUGGCUUCUUUCCUCUUCACGGGUGAUUCCCAGGAGCUGAGGCACGCCAACUGCUCUGGGAGGUACGAGCUGGCCAACUUGCCUGCGAAGUCCCGCUUGGCUUCACACCCGUUGUUGCAUGGUGCUCUGGACGCGCUCAUUCACGCCACCAACGUCCUCAACAUGAUUCUACAGAGCAAUAAAUCCCGGGAGCAGAACUUGCAGGAGGACCUGGAGUGGUACCAAGCACUGAUUAGGAGCUUGCUGGAAGGGGACCCCAAUAUCUCCAGGGCAGCUAUCACUUUCAACCUGGAGCCCAUGUCCUCUGCCCCGCAGGUCUUCCUCCAGGCCAGCCGGCAGGACAGCCAGAUUCUGCUGCAGGACUUGUCUUCUGUGGCCCACCACUUGGCCAAUGCCUCCAGUGAAACCGAGUGGUUCCACAGCCUGAAGCGCAAAUGGAGGCCGCACUUGCAUCGCAAGGGCUUGAAUCUGGGUUCAAAGGCUUUGGAGAACAGCUGGAAAAGGAAGGAUGGCUACCCUGCAGAGAAGAGCCACAUCAAAUGGUCCUCUCCAUAUCUGGAGUGUGAGAAUGGAAAUUACAAACCUGCCUGGCUGGUCACGCUCUCUGCAGCUUUUUAUGCGUCGCAGCCAAAUCUCCUUCCUGAGUUCAGGGGUGUCGUGAAAGUGGACAUAAAUCUUCAGAAAGUGGAUAUUGACCAGUGUUCAAAUGAAGGUUGGUUUUCAGGAACUCAUAGAUGUCAUUUAAAUAGCUCUGAGUGUAUGCCAAUUAAAGGCCAUGGAUUUGUGCUUGGAGCCUACAAAUGCAAUUGUAAAGCUGGAUUCUAUCAUCCCAAAAUAUUUUCAGAGAACAGCUAUCACAGAAAGGAUGCAGAGAGCCAUUUUUCUGGAGGCGAGAUGCCUGAGGAAGUCUAUGCCUGCUUGCCCUGCAGGGAAGGAUGUUCUUACUGUACAAAUGAUACUCCCUGCUAUGCACAGGAGGACCAGUAUUUACGGCUUGCUAUCAUCUCAUUCCAAACUCUCUGUAUGCUGUUGGACUUCAUAAGCAUGCUACUGGUCUACCGUUUUCGCAAAGCCAAGAGCAUCAGGGCAUCAGGUCUCAUUCUCUUGGAGACUAUCCUGUUUGGGUCACUGCUUCUUUAUUUCCCGGUUAUCAUUUUGUACUUUGAGCCAAGUACGUUCCGCUGCAUUCUCCUAAGAUGGGUUCGUCUUCUGGGAUUUACUACUGUUUAUGGAACAGUUACACUCAAACUACACAGGGUUUUGAAGGUAUUCUUGUCUCGAACCGUUCAACGAAUUCCAUACAUGACAGGUGGACGAGUGAUGAGGAUGCUGGCAGUUAUUCUCCUGGUGGUGGUCUGGUUCCUGACAGGUUGGACCUCUGCAGUCUGCCAAAAUCUGGAAAAAAGCAUUUCACUCAUUGGUCAAGGCCAAACAUCUGAUCACCUGAUCUUCAAUAUGUGCCUGAUAGACCGGUGGGAUUAUAUGAUGGCUAUUGCUGAAUUUUUAUUCCUCUUGUGGGGCGUUUAUCUCUGCUAUGCAGUGCGGACAGUACCCUCGGCAUUCCACGAGCCACGUUAUAUGGCUGUCGCAGUUCACAUUGAGCUCAUUAUCUCUGCUGUAUUCCACAUAAUUAGGUUUAGUCUUGCCUCAAGACUUCAUUCUGAUUGGAUGCUGAUGCUGUUCUUUGCACAUACACACUUGACUGUGACAGUCACCAUUGGGUUACUUCUGAUCCCAAAGUUUUCCCAUUCAAGCAAUAAUCCACGAGAUGAUAUCCCUACUGAAGCCUAUGAAGAUGAGCUCGACAUGGGGAGAUCUGGAUCCUAUUUGAACAGCAGUAUCAAUUCAGCUUGGAGUGAGCAUAGCUUGGACCCAGAUGAUAUUAGGGAUGAAUUGAAGAAGCUGUAUGCCCAGCUGGAAAUCUAUAAGAGGAAAAAAAUGAUCACCAAUAAUCCACACCUCCAGAAAAAGAGGUGCUCAAAAAAGGGCUUAGGUCGUUCAAUCAUGCGAAGAAUUACUGAAAUCCCUGAGACAGUCACUAGACAAUGUUCUCGGGAGGAAAAGGACUUUCUGGAACACGGGGUUUCAAAGAAUACUACCAUGGCAAGGAAAAACCCACCAGAUUCCAGUGGACACAUCAAACCAAAAGAGGAGUCUUUGAGAAACAGAGUCCUUUCCUUAAAGAAGUCUCACAGCACUUAUGACCAUGUUCGAGAUCAAAUGGAAGAGUCAAAUAGCUUAGCUACAGAAAGUGUGGAAGUUAUAACAGCAACAGAGAACUCCUUACUGGAUUCUCUCCCUGGGAAAAAACCCACCAAAAAAGCUCCAGAAAAAGUUGAAACUGUGUCCACUGAAAACGUUCCUUUGGUCUGCAAAUCUGUGAGCGCUCACAAUUUAAGUGAGGACAAGAAACCUCUUCACCCGAGAACAUCUGUGCUACAGAAAUCACUCAGUGUAAUUGCCAGUGCCAAGGAAAAAACUCUGGGGUUAGCAGGGAAAAUGCAAAAUGAAGAAAGUGGCAAAUCCCACAAGUCUCAACAGAAGGGCAAAGAGGGAAGCAAAAAGCAUUCCGGCUCUGAUAAAAGUGAGCAUAAAGAUUCACACCGAAAAAACUCUGCUCAUGCAGAAGAACCAAGGAAGCCCCAUAAAUCUGGAAUCAUGAAACAACAAAGGGCUAGCCAGGCACCUGCAAAUCCUGAUGUGACAGCAAGUAAGCCACUGCCAAAGAACAAUGUUGAUAUAGGAGAAGUGUGUCCUUGGGAAAUAUAUGACCAGAGCCCAGGGACGGGGCUUGCUGACUCUAGAGCUCAAAAGCAUGUGUCCAUUGCUUCCUCUGAAUCAGAGAAAUCCCAGCCUUCCCAGGCCAAAAGCAAAACUCAACAAAAGACUGCAGAGAGCAAUCAAAAGAGCACAGACAGAUGUGAAGUCUGCCCUUGGGAGGGCCAAGAAGAACAUUUGAUGGAAGACCAGAAAAAACAGUUGAGUUCAAAGGCUCAGGAAUCUCCUGGGAUGCAAGGUGAAAAUGCUAAUAAACAGUAUGUAGCCAGUGUUUGUGCUGGAGAGUCCAAGGAACUGCCCCCCAAAACAGCACAAACCACAGACAAAGAUUGCACCAAUAAACUGGGAGAGCAGAUAAAAAAUGUGUCCUCUCCAGCAGGGAAUGCACUUCCCUCAGAUCCUAAUAGGUCCACAACUAGUAACUUACAGCAACCUUUAACAUCUCGUGUGAACAUCUGUCCUUGGGAGUUUGAAGCGCCAGAACUACUGAAAUCAGAACCAAGUAUAGCUUUAUCAAAUACAACCAGUUUAAGUUCAAACAAAACAGCAGCACACCCGAAAUAAGAGGGGCUAGACUGAAAAGAGAAGGGAAAGGGGCAGGAAAAAGGAAACGUCAGGAGAAUCGGCAAAUUCCAAAGGAGCACUUAAUCAAGGCAAUGAGCACCUUGAACCUGUAGGAACUAGGCACAGUAAAUUGUCUAUUGUUUAUUUGUUUAUUGUUGAGUGCCAACAGUGUUAUCAGGGUGAUCUGGAACAUGAGUAUCUAUGCCUUUCCCUUGCUCCUAAAGAGUUUACAUUCCAAAUGAAUGAAAACAUGCCUUUAGAAAUAAUUUAUUUUUUGUAAAAUGUGUAGGGUUGUUAAGUAAGAGACAUUAAAGUACAUAAAAGCAAAUGUAAUUAUUCCUAAAGGCCCUGCCUGCAUUGGCUUGAAGUGGGUAUGAAUUCAUUAAAUAUUAUAAAAUCUAAUGGAGUUGUUUUAAAAGGCCUUGAAUCAGAUGAGUAAUACCUUUGGGACUUUAAGCAAAUGGAUGCCUCUGAAAAUGUUGAAAUAAAUUGUGUAUCAAUGAGCUACUUACAGGAACAAAAAAAGAUGACUUUUCACUUUCCCCCAUAGCCACCCUUGAUAGCACUGCUAACUUAAUGCAUCCCCCAAUUAUAUUUUUAUAUGACUGCUCUCAGUUUCUUAAAAACGUUAUGUACUUCGUUGUGUCUCAUAUUAAAGCAUUCCAGUUUGUAUAACGUUUGCAAAUAACUUUGAUAUUAUUAUGUGACACAACACAUUUAUGCAAUCUGCAGAUAAUCUAAUGUUGCAGUUUUAAAUUCCUAUUCCUAGCCCUUUGUUUAUUUCUAGGACCUCCUGCAAGCUUCAUUGGCUCUUGAAGCCACGAGAAAAUACUAUGAGUUUUGCCAUGGUUUUUAUUGGGGGUUUGUUGCUUUACUCUGUUGUUUCCAAUUAUGAUUUCAUGCUGUAUAAUUCAGGGUUUUUAUACGAGGUAGUUUCCUGUCUUGCACUUGUCCAUUUGUGAUCAUAGACUUCUAUACUAGUGGAAGCCGAGUCAUCUUGGGGAGCAGUACACCCUAGUAGGUUGUCAUCACCAUAUCUAUCCUUUCUAUAGUGCUUAAAAACUAAGCACAAAUAAAUCUGAGGACAAUGUAGCUGUUGUUUCUUAGAAAACUGGUAAACAUGAUUUACCAUUCCAGAAGAUGUUGCUUUAAUGAUUCCUCACCAUUAUCUUGCUCAGUGUUUUAAUUGAGCCUAUUCUAAGGAAAGAAAAACAUGGAAGGUAGGAGAGCUGGUCUUGUGGUAGCAAGCAUGAAUUGUCCCCUUUCUUAAGCAGGGUCUGCCAUGGUUUGCAUUUGAAUGGGAGACUACUUGUGAACACUGUAAGACAUUCCCCUUAGGGGAUGGGGCCACCCUAGAAAGAGUACCUGCAUGUGUGCAUGCAGAAGGUUCCAAGUUCCCUCCUUGGCACCUCCAAGAUAGGGCUGAGAGAGAUUCCUGCCUGGAGAAGCCGCUGCCUGUCUGUGUAGACUACACUGAGCUAGAUAGACCAAUGGUCUGACUCAGUAUAUGGCAGCAUCCUAUGUUUCUAAUAGAUUCUGAUGAAUCUGAAUAGCUUUUCUGAAGUGCUCUCAGAAUUCAUUUUCGAAAGAAGGAUUAGACAUGCAAGGCCUUGUUCUUCAUACUUCUAAACUUCAAAGUUCAGAAAGUGAGGAGACCUUAAGAAAUCUUCCUGCCCUUACACCAUUUAAGGUGAGUAAAACAAGAAUGACAGGAAGGAAUAAAGAGGGAAUUCCCAUUAUUUAUUAAUCACUUGUAAACCUCUUUAUACAGCCAGAUCAUAUUCAGGUUUACUCAGAAAAAGUUCAGUGGGACUUAUCUCCAAGUAAAUAUGCAUAGGAUUGCAGCCUUAACCUGCAACAUGCAUUUGUAAUCAUCAUCUUCAUCAUCAUCAUCAUCAUCAUCAUCAUCAUCAUCAUCAUUUUAUUAAGCACCAUCUAUGUACAUGGCACUUUACAACAGACCAGAGGAUAACAGGUCCCUGCCCAAGGGUCCACAAUCCAGAAGUACACACCAGGGAGACAACAGAGGGAGGGGAGGGGAGCCAGGGGGUAAAUGUACUUGGGCUUAGUUGCAAUAGGGUAUACAGGCAAGAGGGUUGUGCCAAAUGCUUCAUGGAAAAGGUGGGGUUUGAGGUGAGGUGGAAAGAAUAUAAGAGAGGAGGCAUCAUGGAGGCAUUCUGGUUCCAGGUAUAAGGGGCAGCAAGGAAGAAAGGGCAGAGUUAUUUGAGGGAACAGGAGACUUUGGAACGGCCGAGGGUGGGGGGAGCUGGAGGAAUGAAAGUCACAGGCAGGAGGGUAACAGGAGAUGAGAGUAGAGAGGUAGGGAGGCACAAGACUAUGGAGGGCUUUGAAGGUAAGGACCAGGAACAUCUGUUGAAUUCAGGAGUGGACAGGAAGUGAGCAUAAGGAUUUAAGGAGGGGCAAAAUAUGACCAGGGUGUGAACUAGAGUUUUCACUGAAUGGGCAGAGGAAAAGAGAUGUACUUUUGCAAUCCUGUAGAGGGAGGAAUGACAUGAUUUGACAACAGAUUGGAUAUGGGGUAUAAAAGGGAAAGAGGAGUCAAAGAUAAAGUCAAGGUUUCGAGCCUUUUCAACACUGUAGAAGGUGACUGUCAAUGGAUAUGGAGGGAGUAUGAGGAGAGCUUAGGAAGAAAGAUAAGAUAUUCUGUCUUGGACAUACUGGAUUUGAGAAGAUGAUGAAGCAUCCAAGUAGAAAUAUGGGCGGGGGGGACCACAGGAUUGGAGGGAGGGAGGGAGCUCUGGGCUAGAAAGGUAGAGAUGGGUUUCAUUUGUGUACUGAAAUAAAUGGAAUUUGAUGAGCUCACCCUGGGGAAAGCAUGUAGAGAGAAAAUAGCAGGUGGCCAAGAACAGAUUCCUGAGGAACCCCAACAAAGAGCAUAAAAAUAAAGGAAGAGCUUCCCCCCCCCGAAACAGGAACAAUUAGACAGGUAGGAACAGAGCUAGAUGGAGGGGAUUCAGAGGAGAUUUGGAGGAGAAAAAGUCAAUACAGUGGGAGUUAGCAGCAUUCUCCAGAAGUGUGGAGGAGAAGGCUAGAAGGAAGAAUCCAUGGUAGCUGGAGAGGGAGGAUGAAUCAAGGAAUAGGGUUUUAUUUUUGAGAAUAUGGGAGACAGUGAUAUGUCUGAAUGCUUCUCAUUUCCAAACAGUAAGAAGUACCAGUGGCAGCACAACUGGAUUGUAUGUCCUUUAAUGAGAGGUCACUGGAGGCUUAAGGUGCCAUGUAGUAUUUGCUUUACUGUGCAUAUUUGCAACAUUAUAAUAAACAGAAAACAGAAUAAACAGAAACAAGGAUGAACUCUUCCAAGGCAUUGCUCCUGAGAACGUAGAGAAACCAGCUUACCAGAUUAUCAGAAAUUUCUUCCUGGGAUGAACCUUAAAAUUUGGAAAGAUUGUCAUUUUCUUCUUGAGAGAAACUUAAAACUCUGAAAUUCAGAGAAUUUCCAUCUUGGAGAUAUUUCUCCAUUUCCUAGUCUAACUAGAAACUCUCAGCUCUCUCUCUUGUUCUCAGUGGCCGAAUUUGGACAUAAUAGGAAACCGGAGAUCCCUUCACCUCUGGUUUCCAAAGCCGCACUCUGAAUUGAGGAAAACAGAGUUAAGGGCGAAAAGGGACCCACGAUUUCCCUCCUCAAACUCCACUCUGAAUCUUUGGUCAGAGUGGAGUUUUGCCACCCUUAGCUUCGGUUCUGUGGCACCAGUGUUACAACUGAAUGCUGGCACUGCAGUUUCAGCCCCAUGGAACCAGGGUUGAGGGAGGAAGCUCCUCCCUCACUCUGGCCUGAUUGGCUGUAUGGGCAAUCUUCUGUCAAGAAGCUUCCCCUGCCUCACUGCAGUCUCACUGACUGCAGAGAGAUAGCCCUCUGGAACAUCUGGAUUUGGAUGGGGGAGCAGGGGAAGGGAUGUGUGAAACUUCAAGUCCAUUGGACCCAUGGUUCCACGUUACAUCUGAAUUCGGCCUCUGUCUCUGUGUCUUUAAGAACUGCUGUUUCUCACACACCCUCCCCUUAGCUGGAAAAGUUUCAUCUCCUUCAAAAUCUGAUGGGUAUCUAAUUCAAACCCACAAAGAGAUUCCCCACCUAUUUGAGUCCUAACUCAGAGCUCUUAUAAUAAUAUCUCAGUAUCUGGGUCAGGAGCUGGCUGUCCAAACCAUAGUAUACACUGCCCCCACCCCAAGUCUAUGCACUGGACAACACUGGCUUUUAAAAUCUUGUCUUAUUCAUGACUAUGCUAAGCUAUUAGGUAGGCUCAGAGAAAGAUCUGAAAGCACAUGAUGCAGUUCUACUGCUGAAGCUAAGCAGGUCUAGCCCUGUGAGCUACCUGGAUGGGAGAUGGCCUGGGAGAUUUGUAAUUGUAAGCCACUUUGAACUUUGGCAUAGUGGGAUAAAUAAAUGUUAUCUCCCUUUGACAGAUGAAGAUAGGAUGCUGAGAUAAUAGUUUAGCCAAAGCUAUCAGGUUAAUUUCUAGUUGACCAAAGAUUUGAACCCAGAUGUUUAAAAAAAAUCAAAAUCAAAAAAUCACUGCAGUCCAUUAGAAGUGCAUUUAUUCUACACCUAGUCACAGUAAUAUAGUCAAAGAUGUGUUCCUUGGUCCUAAGUAUGAACUAUGCACCAGCCUGCAAAGAAUGAUGUUUUGUACAGGUCAACUGAAGCCAGUAAUACCAGUGAUGUAUUGGAAAAGGUAAUAAAUCUGUGCAAGGGUAAGAUGGACAUCCCUCUUAAGUGGGUAAACCAAACUUCUAGUGAUUUUAAUGGGUUGGUAGAUUGCAUUCCUGCUUCCCAGUCUAGCUUCCCACAUUCAUUCAAAUGAGCACAUGAGUCUCUUCCCUGCACAGAGGUCUGCAUUCAUUUCAGAGGGAGCUGAUCAUAUACACAAUCAGCUCAGCUUUAAAAUCAACAUCAUUAUUGACUGCUACAUACCAUCAUGCAUAAAGUUUGCAGGAGACCCUGUCCUCCCAUUUGUUUUAUGGGGGUUUAAUGCCAUUGGUAAAAAUAAAUGCAAGGUUGAUAAGGGGUAUGUUAAGAUAAAGCACUUUAAUUAUUUUUCAUGACUUUCUUCUGGAGAAGAAAUUUAGAAGAUUACUGUAGUAUAAAUGUUGUACAGGAUAAUUUAACCUGAAGUGUGUUUUCUCCCCAGUCCCAAGCAGAACAGAAGCACUACAGGUGCACACAGACCUACAAGUUUAAAUUAUUAGUAUCAAACAAAAUUGACCAAUUUCUUGUGAAGCUUUCUUGAGAAUUUUGGGCCCCAGUCCAGUAGCACACAAUAUUUUGUUGCUCAUGACGAAUAAUGAGUUACAAAUACUCAUAGGCAGGAUAUCCUAGAUAGUGUGCAAGGAGAUGCAUUCCCAACCACAUCAAAAGCUGAAUGGGAAUGUGUUGUUUCUCCUGAACUAUGUAGGGCAGCCAAGUCAGUAAGCUGGGGAAAUAUUGGGGAAAUAUCGGUAACAGGCAGUGCGCACUCCCCACAGGUGUCGUGUCUGAACCGGCCGAAGUCCAGUUCCCACACCGGAUUCCCAAGCUUCAACUGACAGUCCUCCAAUGUCCUUCAUUCACUUGUCACCUAUAUUUGAAACUGGGCGGAGGAUCUCAGGAUGAAUGUCAGGUAAAUCUCGAGAAUCCAGCAUGCUAAUUGGACUUGGUAAGUUCAGAGGUCAUGCGCACCAGGAACAUAUGCUGGUGGUUACUGACAUUUUCAAGCUUUCUCCUGCUUACUGUCCUGCAGAUCAUGUGAAGCCAUCCAUAGGGAUGGAAAGUGCACCAGAUAGUGCACAUCUUCAUGAAGCUGUGUAUCCAGUUUCCAUGGUUCUGCAUCACAUUUGCACAUGUAAAACAGCUUACCUGCCUUUUAACACCUUUUAGUGUCAACCGGUGUCACAGAAUUUACAGAAGGUAAAUUCUUAUUUUUUCCCCUAUGUGUGGUGAGGUACUAUUGGGCAAUCACAAAAAGCAAGGUAUAAAAAAUAUUUCUCACACAGCACACAUGGAACUGCUGUUCCAAACACCCAACAAUUCUACUGUGUGCCAAGGCAGUUACUGAAAAAGCACAUACCAGCAGGAAGAGGACAGGGAGGGGGAGGGUGUGGACAAUUCUAUGAUGGGAGUGGAAUUAUCUUCUGAAGAGUGUAUAUUUUGUCUUGUAAAAGUCUGUCAAGAACCUUUUUCCAAAAAUGUAUUUUUCUUAAAUUAGAAAAAAGUAUUAUGAAAUAGUAUGAAACAUAGCAUAUAUAAACACGAGGUUUAAAAUUUAAAGAUAUAAGAAAUAUGACAUUUCAAUUCACCUAAGGACAUUCAGAGUGGGAGGAGGUGGAACAUACCUUACGAGCACAAGUGCAAAGAGAGAAAUGAAAUACAUAGGUCAGCAUAGGUGGUCCUCCUCCUCCUCCCCACUAAUACUUCAUCCAAACCAUGUACCUGGGAUAUGCAUGUCUAUAUGCAUGUCUUCAAGUUUUUGCAAAAUGACAUGUUUUGAGUAGGGAAUGUAAAUGAAAUUUUUAUGGAGGUUUGCAGAAUGGUGUCGCAUUUUCAGAGCUGUAGCAUGGAGUCUGUUACUUGGGAAAGGUGAUGGAAUCAUCCUGGCUCAGUACUGUGCCUAUUGUGAGACUGAAGGACCACUUCCUAUAUUAUUUUUUUACUGAGAUGAGCCUUAGGCGUGUGUCCAGGCUCAUGAUUUAGAGGUUGAUCCAAAGCCUGUAAUCCAGCCUCAAUCCAUUAUCCUGGGUCAUGUCAACAAAAGAUGGCCUUUCAAAAGAACACAGUUGGAGCCUGAUUCAAGAUAAUUUAGGGGGAGGGGCAUCCUUGGUGGGAGAAGCCUGUUGCCCAAAGUUCACCAAAACUGAUGAUAUUCUUGCAUAUAGAGCUGAGUGAACCACUCUGAAUUUGCAAAACUGUAUUUAAAUACCUGUGUGUUUUGAUGAGAAUCUUAGUUUGUGACCCUCACAGGAAAUUUGGCAAAUUAGCAUUGAAUCCCUUGAAAGAGCUUUCAUUUGAAGCACAGAAAGAGGGUGAGCUUCUCAGCUGUUUCCACUUGGCCUAGACUUGACCAUUAACAACAGCUCUGGGCUUCUUGGAGGAAGAGCGGGAUAUAAAUGUAAAAAUAAAUAAAUAAAGCUGAGGAUCAGGCCUCGAGACAUGUUGACUUGACACUCGUUUUAUGAUACCUUGAAUGUUUCAUUCAAGAACAACAAAAAGUCUACUUUCGACACAUCUGUGUCACUUUCAACAAACUGUCUAUUUAACAUUGCAGAGGCACACUCAAGUUGUGUCCUGUUACAUCUGAUAGAAACAGAGAUCUGUCUGUCAAAUGAAUCACUAGGUUCCACGCUCAUACAGUCUAACACUGGUGAUGAAGUUGUUAGUACUUAAAAUUCCUUCAGCACCUUAGAAAACAAAGGAAAGCCAAACUUCACUGGACUUCUUAAUAUUGUACAUCAUUACAAACCUGUUAGAAACACUGCUGAAUCCUGACAAACUCAAGUUAGCCUAACUGACGUUCUGUGUUCCAUAGCCUCUUCUCCACCAGCAUCUAUUAGCUAAUAGCUAGCUGACUUAGUUGUCCUUUUUUCUGGCGUUCCUUUGCCUUUCUUCCACCAAAAGAAAUGCAGCUCUAGACUCAGUGAUGUUUCCUAGCAGAUCUGUGUAGGAGACGGGUAAUAAUUUGCUAUGCUCACAACCAUUUGCUAGUUUGUUAUUCUCAAAUUGCAUGAACAGCCUGCAUCCCUCCUUUAUUUUGAAGACAUGGUUUAUAAAGACAUAGAUUUAUACCAAGCAUAUUAGGCCUGUACAUUUUAUGCAAGGAUUACAUGCUUUCAAAUAUAAAAGUUAUUUACCCAUUGUCCGCUUUGGUGACAUUAUGGAUCUGAAAAAGACACCGACUUUAUAUUUGCUGCUCUCCUUAGGUUUUGCAUGCAUUACAGUGACAGGUAGGUCUGAGACAACACUGCCUUUUGACUUUGAACAUUUUAGCUACUAAAAGUUGUAGAGUAAUAAAGUUGUAUGUCUGUUCACUUUAGUCUGUGGUUCUUCUAAAAACUAUUAUCUGGAAACCAAUGGCAACCAACAGCAUCCACCAUGAACUAUUUGAUAGAUUUAUGUUGUAAUGUAUCGCAGCAUGUAAAUAAUGUAAGUUCUCUGCAAUAAAACCGUUUAUAUGAAAAUGA